AUGGGCGUCAAGGGCGUAGCGCUAGAGGGUGAGAAGGACGAGGUCCCUCCAGCGAGCGUAGAUGGCGGAGUUGGUGUCGAGGAUGACCGGCACCAAGGACUAGAUGUUCUGGACACGGGCAGCCUGGGCAUGAAGGUUGGCGAUGGUGGAGGCCUCGUAGUCGGAGGUGGGAUUAUCGUCGGCGACCGCGGGCGAGGAGACUCCAAGAAGGAGCUCGACCUCCACCAGCUGACGAGCCAGAGCGGCAACGGAGGCACGCUCGUGCUCCUAGGUGAGGGUCGUGGCCCGCUCGCGCACCUGAGCAGCGGCGAUGGUAGAUCUGGCGGCGACGAGGGCGGAGUUGGCUGGAGUGCAAUCCAGGCCGCCAACAUCGCUGCGGGGAAUGGCGGUCGGGGGCACCGAAUAGAUGACUGCACUGCCUACCGGGUCUUGGGCAAAGGUGGCAGGUGGGAUGGACCCCCCAUGCGAAGGUCGGGCGGACACGGCCGCGACCCUGGUCGGUCCCGCCGCGCCGGCCGCGCCGGGCAGAGGCCGCCCGCGGAGGUGGCGGCUCAGAGCAUGGAGGAGGGGGACGGUGGUGUCGAGGCCCGUAGCGCCCGCGCCCGCGGCCCCAGCAGCGGUCGCGCCUGGAGCAGAGAGGAUAAGGGGGGAAUAAGAGGAGGCGGGAGGAAGGGGCAGUGGCGCGCCGGAGGAGGGAGCCGCGCCCCUUCAGAUGCCGGAUGGCACCCAGCAGAGCGCCGCGUCUUCUCCCUCUCCACCAGGCCGUCCGACCACACACGUGGAAUCCCCACCACGGGCUGGCCGGUGAAGCUCGAAAGGGGUCCUGAUCUUAGUUCUUGA